AUGCAUUAUAACUCUGAAGUGGAUGAUAAGUACGUGUGGUACCCGGAGCCUGAGAGGGGUACAGGUGUUUUCUCAGCAAACGAAACGUGGAGAGUCUUGCAUCCUUAUCCAGUAGAAGUGUUCUGGCAUAAGGCAGUGUGGUUCUCAGGGAGAAUACCGAAGCAUGUCUUCAUUAUCUGGGUUGCAGCAAGAGACAGAAUGGUUACGAGGGAUAAGCUUUUGAGAUGGGGCUUGACGGUACCAUCUAACUGUGUGCUAUGCGCCGGGAAUCAAGAGAAUCGUCAGCAUUUGUUCUUCGAUUGUGCGUAUAGCAAUCAGGCUGUAGUGUAUUUGGUUUGGAAGGAAAGAAACAAGAGAAUCCACUCAGCAGUGGAGAAGCCUCCAUGUACUCUUAUUGGAGAAAUUCAGCAGACAGUGAGACUCAGAUUAGAUCAUCUGGCCCGUAAACAGAUUAUUCCUCCGGGACAGAAUUCAUUGCUUGCAGCAUGGUUCUUGUUCUUUGAUUUUUGA